CAGAGAGGCAGGACGACGCCCAUCUCCGAGAACUGGGUCGAAUCCAACGGCUCUCGUCGAGUUUCCACGUUACUCAAGAGAAGGGAAAUGAAACCGCCAUUGGUUCUUCUUCCCGCCCGCUCUUUCCACUUCGCCUCGGGACUGCACGCGCUCGUCCUCGGAGCAGAGAGGGAGGGAGGGAGGGAGGGAGAGAGAUGUGUGGAAGAGCUCGUUGCACCCUCAGGGCCGACGACAUCCCUCGCGCCACUCAUCGCGGCGGUCAACCCUCCCGUACCAUCGACUUGGAUCGGUACCGCCCUUGUUAUAACUGUGCGCCGGGACGGAAUUUGCCGGUGGUGCGGAGAGAAGAGAAUUCAGACGGAGAUGAUUACGUGCUUCACUGCAUGAAAUGGGGGUUGAUUCCCAGUUUCACCAAGAAAAACGAGAAGCCUGAUCAUUAUAAGAUGUUCAAUGCUCGGUCAGAGUCAAUAUAUGAAAAGGCUUCAUUUCGUCGUCUUAUUCCCAAAUGCCGCUGCCUUGUGACUGUUGAAGGAUUCUAUGAAUGGAAAAAAGAUGGAUCCAAAAAGCAGCCAUAUUACAUUCAUUUCAAGGAUGGUCGUCCCCUUGUUUUUGCUGCUCUGUAUGAUUCAUGGAAGAACUCAGAAGGUGAAAUUAUUUACACAUUUACCAUCCUCACAACUUCAUCAUCUCCAGCUUUGCAGUGGCUACAUGAUAGGAUGCCCAUUAUUUUAGGUGACAAGGAGUCAACCGACACAUGGCUGGGCCGUUCAUCUUCUUCCAAAUUUGAUACCAUGCUUAAACCAUAUGGAGAGUCAGAUCUGGUUUGGUACCCCGUGACACCUGCAAUGGGCAAGCCAUCAUUUGAUGGACCAGAAUGCAUUAACGAGAUCCAACUGAAGAAAGAGGACAAAAACAUGAUUUCGAAAUUUUUCAUGAGAAAGGAAAUCAAGAAAGAAGAAGAAGAAGCUAAUGGAGAAGAGAAAAGCUCUCAUCAUGAUUCUGUCGAGACUGAUGUGCAUACAAGCUUAAAAGGGGAACCUAAAGUUGAAGGCUGCAAUGAAUUCUCAUCAUCGACUGAUAAAUCUGGCGAUGCUAAACAUCUUGAUGAUGCAACAGGACAGGGCCAAGUCAAAAGGGAUUAUGAGGAGUUCUCAACUGAUCCAGAUCAACGCACAUGCCAAACGGAUGCCACCCAAACUAGUCCAUUGAAGAAGAAAAGAGAGGUUAAGAGCAGUGAAGAUAAACAGCCGACACUAUUUGAUUACUUUACCAAAAGCUAGUUCGGAUGCUUUAGCGGGAUUUUGCGGCUUCAUUUACGUCCCCUGGCUGUGUAAUAUUGUUGUUCUUGUAUAGAUUGUCGAAAGCUUACCUCCAUUUUGUUGUUGGGAAGAGGUGUAGCUGGUAUUGCUUGGUGAUGGAUAUGUAUAUGGUGCAUUUUGCGGGGACAUGAAAGAACAGAUGAAUCUGUAAGAUCUUUGGGGUCAGCACGGUACCAUUGUUA